GUUUGUUGUGUUGAAUUAUUAGGAAUGGCUUUCACUAAACCCACUGACGACGACGUCCGCAAGAUGCUGGUCGCUCGUACCCACUACGGAACUAAGAACCUGAACUUCAUGAUGAAGGACUACGUGUUCCGCCGCAACAAGGAGGGAGUCCAUAUCAUCAAUCUGGCCAAGACCUGGGAGAAGCUGGUGCUGGCUGCCCGUAUCAUCGUUGCCAUUGAGAACCCUCAGGAUGUGAUCGUGAUCGGUGCUCGUGAGAACUCUCAGCGCGCUGUGCUGAAGUUCUGCAAGUACACUGGUUGCCAGACCAUCUCCGGCCGCUACACCCCCGGAACCUUCACCAACCAGAUCACCAAGCAGUUCCGUGAGCCCCGUCUGCUGAUCGUGACCGAUCCCAGCUGCGACAAGCAGGCCAUCCAUGAGGCUGCUUGCGUGAACAUCCCCACGAUCGCCUUCUGCGAUACCGACUCUCCUCUGGAGUACGUGGACUGCGCGAUUCCCUGCAACACCAAGAACAAGAACUCCAUCGGUCUGAUGAUGUGGUUCCUCGCUCGUGAGGUGCUCCGCUUCCGUGGCAUCGUGAGCCGCGAUGCUGAGUGGGAUGCUUGCGUCGAUCUGUUCUUCGCUCGCGACCCCAAGGAGAUUGAGGACUCUCAGAAGGAGGCUGCUGAGGCUGCCGCGCAGGCUGCCGAGACUGAGGCCGCUGCUCAGGCUGCUGCUACUGAGGACAACUGGGAACAGCCCGCCACCGAGGCUCAGUGGUAAAUAGAAUUCGAUCCACAACAAAGGAGUG